CAUCACCCGCCAUUACACACUUUCACGCGAUUGUGUGCGCUUCGAUAUAGUGCCUAAAUUGAACGCGAUUAUAUACCCGAUUUUUUUAAUCGAUUUUGCACAUAAAAAAGUAAUGAAUAAAAAAAAAUUAAUUUAAUGUUAUUUUUUAAUAAAAAUAUUCAAUGGUUAAUGUGAUCGAAUAAUUUGUGUAAUGUGUAAAAAAAUAUAUAUAAACAAGACAUUUAGUUUUUUAAAUUAAAAAUAAGGUCAUUCCCUUCUGCAAUUGAAAAAUUAAAAAAAUACUUGUUUUUUUUAAAUAAUAAUUAAUUAUAAGUGUCAUAAUAAUACAAAUUACCAACUAUGGACGCAGCCACGGUGCCUCUGGCAUGUUUCCUGUCACUAAUACGUCCGCCAGGAAUACAAUUCGAGAACGCGCUGCUGCAGAUCGCGCCCGUCAACAAGGGCAAAUGCCCCUUCGUGCGAGACAACAACGACCUGGUGUUCCAACUGUACACGCGACACAACCCGACGGUAGCACAUAGCCUGCUGAUAGAUGACGAUGAGCGACUGUUCGCGUCCAGCAUCGACUUCCACGACCCCACCGUUAUAUACUUCCACGCCUUCAUGGAGACCCCCGACGACGGCAGCGCCCUCAUGGUCAGAGAAGCGUACACUCAUCGCGGCGACACGAACGUGAUAGUGGUGGACGCGCAGCGGCUGGAGGCGGGCCCGUGGUACUUCAAGGCGGCCGAGAACACGUGGUACAUCGGCAGGAUCGCCGCGCAGUUCAUCGACUACUUGGUGUCCAGGGGAUUGAAGCUGUCAAAGACGCACCUGGUGGGUCACAGUCUCGGCGCGCAGUCGGCCGGGGUGGCCGGAGCAUCGCUACAGUCAGGUCUCGUGUCCCGGAUCACGGGUCUGGACCCCGCGCUGCCUCUGUUCGACAAGCUGGGUCUGUCGCAGCGUCUGGACCCCUCGGACGCGGAGUUCGUGGACGUCAUACACACGGACGCGGGGAUAUUCGGCUUCAAGCAGCAGGUGGGCCACGUGGACUUCUACCCCAACGGCGGGAUCAGCCCGCAGCCCGGCUGCGAGCUGGAGGUGGUGCUGCCCAAGCAACUGGUGCUCAAUAAGUUUUUCUGCAGCCACUGGCGCUCGUAUAUGUUCUUCAGCGAGUCGGUGUUGCGACCCGACGCGUUCGUCGCGUCGCGCUGCGCGUCGUGGAAGGAGUACGCGCGCGGGUUCUGCGCCCACGAGCCCACCACGCACAUGGGCUUCGGCGUCGACAGGAAGGAACGAGGUCAAUACUUCCUGACAACUCACAGACAGUCCCCAUACUCUAUAGAAUAAGUUAUUAUACUUAAUAUUUAAUUAAUUGGUCAUACAAAAUAGUGUAACUUUUAUUAUAUAAGUUUUUGAAUAGUUUUAAAGUGUUUGUCACCUACACUUGGAAAAAUAUUAAUAAAUGAAAGAAAAUAUAAUUAAAAAAAUA